AUGAGGAUCCAAAGGCUGCCAAAAGAGCUGGCGGCCCCGCCGGCGACCCCGCCGGCCGUAGACCCCCUGUUGCUGUCGACGCCGCCGCCAGCGGAGAAGUACGUUACCGGCGUCAGGCUCCCCGCGCCGGGGGGAACGGGCCGGGGGCGCUCCAUGCGGGGGGCGUCGUCGUCGGCGUCCCCGCCGGGCGUAAGGAUGGAGAUCGACAGGCCUUGCACGUUGCUGGUGUGCUUCCACGACGAGCACGCAGUAGCGAACGCCGGUGCCGGCGCCAAGAGCGGCGUCGGCGGUGAGGGGCGACCCGGGCUCACCAGCGCGCGGAGCACGUCUUCUACGUCGUCCGGCGGUAGUAGGCUGGAUGUCCCCAAGUGGGCGGAUGAGAUGGGACUCCGCAAGACCGGCAUGCACAUCGAUACCGUCCUCCCGGGGGACGGAGACAGCGCCAGCACCACCUCACACGUGUACCGCGUCUUCUCGACCCCGAUCGCCGCCGGCGCCGUCGAGCUCGGCCCCGGCCUCCCGGGGUCGCUGCCGUACUUCGUACUCCUCUACGGAGGAAAUCACCUCACCCGGCGCACGUCUCAGACCCCCCACGGCCGCCGGGCCACCCAGCUGCCGGUGCGGGCGGUCACCGACAGCAGCGGUCGCGGGGGCCGGCGCGCGCUGCGCUCGCUGUUCGGGAAGCACAACCUCGCCUUGGGGGGCAGCGGCAGCGGCGGCGGCAGCGGUGGCACCAGCAUCAACAGCCUCAGCCGCCAGAGCCGCGGGAGCUCGGCGGGGGCGGUGGUGUCGUCCUUAGACCGGGGGAUCAGCGGGGAGAGCAUCAAGACGACCCCGACGCCGGCGGCGGCGGGUCUGGGUCCGGCGGCUCCGCCGGAGAGGCGCACGAGCAUCGUCAGCAUCGCAGACAGCGUCGGCCCCGCGGCCACGGCGGCGGUGGUGAACGGAAACCCUUCCUGGCAGCUGACGCCGGAGUACAGCCUGGGCGGGGCCACCCGCGGCGUUACCUCCAUCGGCGCCAAGGCGGACAAGAAUGCCAAGAUCGCGGCGAGCUCCGCGAUGAAGAUAGCCGCGAUCUCCUCGGCGGGGACCACGGCGGCCAACGCGGCCGGCGGGGCCGGCGGGAUCGAUGUCGCCAAGAAGCCGAAGGUCCGGCUGAGGGUUACCCUGCUCUGCGAGCACGGCAUCUUCGUGCAGAUGGACGACAUCCACCGGCUGGAGAACACCCCUUCCGACGACUCCGCCGCGCCGACCUUCGAGCUCGCCCUUGGGGUGCCGUGGCAAGACCGCAGCGGCGGUGCCGGCGGCGGCAGCGGUACCGAAGACGCCAAGUCUCCGUCGUCGUCGCCGGGGAGCGUGCCGUCGUCGCCGGCGGCGGAGGCGUCGCCACCCUCCACGGAGGCGUUGGCGGCGACCCUGGACUUCGAGCACGUGGCCUCGUCGGAGAUCCUCGGGGACGAGGACAGCAUGUGCAUGGACGCCGCGUUCGGCAUAGAGGGGAAGUACUUCAACCCCAGGGUGCACCAGAGCGAGCACUUCAUCGAGCCCUGGAGCAUGAGCAUUAAGAUGAGCGACCCUCGCGGAGAGUCGACUCCCCGAGGUCAGAUGAUCGCCGACCAACACUUCGUGCUGAACGUUACGACCGGCCUGACCUCGCUAGCGUGCAGCAUCAUGGAAUCGCGAGACUACGCCAAGACGAGGUACUCGACGACGUCGGUGUACACCGAGCUGAGAGACGGCAACGACGGCGACGACGGUAUGCGCCUCCUCACCAUCGAGAACCACCUGGGCGUUCCCGUCAGGGUUACCCUUGAGGACGACACCUCGUCAUCGGGGGCGGCGGCGCAUGAGAAGGGGCGGCCGUUCGGCUCGAAGAAGACCGGGAGGCCUGCCGCCGCUCCACCGGCGGCACCGGCAGACGCCACGAGCGGCAACUUCUGCCGGAUCGCCUCCACGCUGUACGACCAACAAGGAGGAGGGGGAGAGGACGGACCGCCCUCGGACCGCGUCAGCGUGGGCGAGCUCACCGUACCCAACGCCAAGAUGGCGCUCCCCACGGCGACGGUGACCAUCAAGGCCAAGGGCUUCGAACCGGUGACGGGGGUCCCUCUCGAUCUUCUCGGCCGCGGGACCCAUGUCUACAGGAUGACGAGAUCGGGGGUAAGACACAUGUCUCUUAUACACAUCAGAUGUGUAUAA